AUGGCUUCAACAAACCAAGACAAAGUCACCUUCCGUGACACCAUCCGCGCCUGGGGCACAUCCUCCAUCCCCCCAAUGACCCUCUCCUCCCUAGCCCUAGCCCUCCACCUCCGCCCUUUCCAACCCCUCCCCUUCCUCUUCUCCCCCCUCCUCGCCUUCUCCUCCUACCUCACCCUCGCCGGCUUCAAAGUCGACGGCGCCGGCACAAACGCAGCCUGGUCAGGCAUCUACGUCCUCCUCGCCUCCCGCCGCUCACCCCCGGGCGGCGUCCGCCAAAAGUUCAUGUCCCUCCGCGGCGGCGUCCGCGGACUCGCAAUGGGAAUCGGCGCCAUCAACACCGUCUGCGGAGCCUACGUCUACGCUACCGGCGACCGCAAGGCAGAAGAAGAAGAGAGGAGGGAAGUAAACAGGUGGGGGGUGUAUAAUGAUUAA